CUGAAAUCAGUAGCGCCUGGAUGGCAGGGUCAAGCCGGAGUGAAAACUGGAGGAAUUUCAGCAGGAACAAGCUAUCAUCUUUCCAUUUCAAUGGAAAAGAUGUCCCCUGUGUUGGCACUGAAGAGCUAAUAGCACCCUACAUGUUCCUCCCAAGUUCUUGGUGGAGGUCUGGGCUGAUGAGUGCCAGACAUGAGAGGCCCAUUUGGGUAUUUGCCAUGCUCGUUGUUGGCGCCGCCCUACUGGCUGUCACCUCCACCUCAUCCUUUGGUGGGAAGAUGAUGGCUCAGACUGCUGUAGCCCAGGCAAAGACUGCAGCUGCAGGGCGAGGCCCAUGGAGCGCUAAGGACCUUCUAGACCUCUGGUACCUUGAUGAGCUGUUCUCCAUAGACAACAUAGAUGUUUGGUUCUGCUCCCUCGUUGGAUCGUUUGCCAUCGGGCUCAGUGGUGUAUUUCCACUCUUAGUGAUACCCAUUGAAGCUGGGACAACCUUGAAAACUGAGGCUGGGUGUCAAAAGCUGAAGAUGCUGCUGAGUUUUGCUAUUGGUGGUCUGCUAGGCGACGUGUUCCUCCACCUCCUGCCUGAAGCCUGGGCUUACACUUGCAGUCCUGAUGGGUCCCACAGACACUACCAUAUGCAGGGUUUGUGGGUGAUCGGGGGUCUGCUGUCCUUUCUGAUCUUGGAGAAGAUGUUCCCUGAUGAAGACAGCAAUUCAGAAAGCAAAGCUGUCCACCAAAGAACCAAAUCCUCUUGUACAGAUCUAAGCAGCGAGGUUUCUGUGUCCCCACAGACAAAUGGCAUCUGCUCAAAUAACAACUCUGACUGCAAGCCAAAGACUGACAUCAGCCCUUACGCAGAGCUAAAGAAAAUAAAGACAAGUGGUUAUCUAAACCUUCUCGCUAACUGCAUUGAUAACUUUACUCAUGGCCUGGCAGUGGCUGGAAGCUUCCUAGUUAGCCGAAAGGUUGGUUUCUUAACAACACUCGCUAUUCUGUUUCAUGAAAUCCCUCAUGAGGUGGGAGAUUUUGCUAUUCUACUGCGAGCAGGAUUUGAUCAUUGGAAAGCUGCCCGUUUGCAACUUUCUACAGCACUGGGAGGAGUCCUGGGUGCUUGCUUUGCUCUUUGCUCCCAGUCACAACAUGGGGCAGAGAAUGCCACUACCUGGAUCCUGCCCUUCACCUCAGGUGGCUUUCUCUACAUUGCCUUGGUCAAUGUGGUACCUGAUCUGUUAGAAGAGACCAAUCUAAGGAACUCCUUUCUGCAGGUUCUGCUGUUAUUUUGUGGAAUAGCAGUCAUGGCUCUCCUCUCUAUCAUUAUUGACUAGCCACAGGCAAGCACUGCUUUUAUUGAGAGACAUUCAUUCAGAAUUACAGUGCCAUCUAGCUUUCUGUAGGAUAUGUGGACAAUUCACUCCAUUGUUUAAGCUUUAAAUAAGUACAUGUAUUUUUGUCACCCCAAAGACCAUGUGAGGGAAGAUUAAUGAAAGAAACAGCCUUGAAAAUCAGAAGAGUGAAUCUGUGUAUGUUUGGUCUUGUCCUUCACACGCCUUGAAUCAUCUGCGUUGUUCCGAUGAAAUUUAGACUGAACCCAUGAGGCCUUACAGGCACAUGCUCCAAUAUAAGGGAAACCAGGUUUGUACAAAAGGUGCUCAAAUAUCAACGGUGUUACAAUGGCAAUAACAACGGUUGCUCAAACAUAUUUGCUUGUUGCUGCUAUUGUAUGUGUGUGUGUUUACAUUCUUUGUAUGGUUGACUUAUGCUCAAUAUAAAGAACUUGUUACAGUUGGCAAAAUUGUUUUGAAAAUCAGACAGAAGCCUCUACACUGUCAGUAGGUCACAUCUAAAUAUGUGUCAUUUGCUUGGAUUACAUAUCAUAUUAAUGUGCAGCUUACACAUGCUAUUUUAAACCAUUAAUUGAGAACACUUAAUCCUGUAAUAAGAGGUACACAGAGGUAAUAUCACAAUACACAGGCUACAUAUAUGUACAUAAUCAGAUUUUACUGGUCACCAUCAUUAAAGAAGAUUAUUGCCUCGCAUGUGUAAGCCGUUCUGAAUCUGGGCAAGAUAUAAUACUUGAUUUCCUCAAGCUAGAACACUAAGGUUUUUAGAUGACUGCAUAUUUUUUUGCACAUACAUCAGUGAACACUUAACAGGCUUUAUUUUCUUGUAUUAUUCAACCAUGUCUUAUAAAUUAUGCUGUUGUUUCUUUUCCUACAGUAUUUAGUCUUUUUGUUAUUGGUUAUGUCUUGAUAACCACUACAUUGAUCUAACCCUUGAGUUCAUUGUGGUUCUAUCAUUGCAAUUUAGUCUUGAGUGAUUCAGAUUAGAUCUCCCCAAAAAAGAUGAGUGGAUUCAUAAGCAGACAGUUCUUUUUCUAAACUGACUUUGGUGCCAUUUCAAAAACAGUUUUGUACAUGAAAUGAAAAGAAUGUUCUGAAUUCGUCAAUUGGCAGGUCAGAGCAGUCUUGCUGGAAUGUAAAUAUUUUAAUAGAGAUUAUAUAUAUUUAUUCUGUUAACCAUAAAUGUCUAACUUUUUAAGACUAUAAAGUCCUCCCAUUGUUAUAGUUGAAAUAAAAAUUUUAAUGUUUGAU